AUGAGCGCUCCCACCGGAACCACCAGCUCGCGAGCUGCGAACAUCCCUUCACAUUUCAUCGGCGGCAACCACCUUGAUGCCGCACCGCCCAGCAGCGUCAAGGACUUCGUGGCCAGCCACGAAGGUCACUCCGUCAUCAGUUCGGUUCUGAUCGCCAACAACGGUAUUGCGGCCGUCAAGGAGAUCCGCUCCGUCCGAAAAUGGGCUUAUGAAACCUUUGGCAACGAGCGUGCCAUCCAGUUCACAGUGAUGGCCACGCCAGAAGAUCUGCAGGCCAAUGCGGAUUACAUCCGUAUGGCGGACCAAUAUGUUGAGGUCCCGGGAGGCACGAAUAACAACAACUACGCCAACGUUGACCUGAUCGUCGAUGUCGCCGAGCGUAUGGACGUUCACGCCGUGUGGGCUGGUUGGGGUCACGCCUCUGAAAACCCCCGGUUACCCGAAUCCUUGGCCGCAUCUCCCAAGAAGAUUAUCUUCAUUGGUCCCCCCGCCUCGGCCAUGCGCUCGCUCGGUGACAAGAUCUCCUCGACGAUCGUCGCUCAGCAUGCUGGUGUCCCUUGUAUCCCCUGGUCUGGAACGGGUGUGGAUGAUGUGAAGGUCGACGAGCAUGGCAUCGUUACUGUCGAUGACGAGGUCUACAACCGGGGUUGUACCUUCUCGCCCCAGGAGGGUCUGGAGAAGGCCAAGGAGAUUGGCUUCCCUGUCAUGAUCAAGGCCUCCGAGGGUGGUGGUGGUAAGGGUAUUCGUAAGGUUGAGCGGGAGGAGGACUUCGUCAGCCUGUACAAUGCCGCUGCCAACGAAAUCCCCGGUUCCCCGAUCUUCAUCAUGAAGCUCGCCGGUAACGCCCGUCACUUGGAAGUCCAACUGCUGGCGGAUCAGUACGGUAACAACAUCUCCCUCUUCGGUCGUGAUUGUUCCGUGCAGCGUCGUCACCAGAAGAUCAUCGAAGAGGCUCCCGUCACCAUCGCCAAGCCGGUGACCUUCCAGGCUAUGGAGCGCGCCGCUGUGAGCCUGGGUCGCCUGGUCGGCUACGUGUCUGCCGGUACCGUCGAGUACCUGUACUCACACGCCGAUGACAAGUUCUACUUCCUGGAACUGAACCCCCGUCUUCAGGUCGAGCACCCGACUACGGAGAUGGUUUCGGGAGUCAACCUCCCUGCCGCCCAGCUUCAGAUUGCCAUGGGUAUUCCCCUUCACCGUAUCCGUGACAUCCGUCUGCUCUACGGUGUUGAUCCCAACACCUCCUCGGAGAUCGACUUCGACUUCUCCAGCGAGGAGAGCUUCCAGACCCAGCGGCGCCCUCAGCCCAAGGGACACACCACUGCGUGCCGUAUCACUUCCGAAGACCCGGGCGAGGGUUUCAAGCCUUCCAGCGGUACCAUGCACGAGCUGAACUUCCGCAGUUCCUCCAAUGUGUGGGGUUACUUCUCUGUCGGUACGUCCGGUGGUAUCCACAGCUUCUCGGACAGUCAGUUCGGUCACAUCUUCGCCUACGGUGAGAACCGUUCUGCCUCCCGGAAGCACAUGGUCAUCGCCUUGAAGGAACUGAGCAUUCGUGGUGAUUUCCGCACCACUGUCGAGUACCUGAUCAAGCUCUUGGAGACCCCCGCGUUCGAAGACAACACGAUUACCACCGGGUGGCUGGACCAGCUGAUUUCCAACAAGCUGACAGCUGAGCGCCCUGACACCAUCGUGGCGGUCCUGUGUGGAGCUGUCACCAAGGCUCACCAGGCCAGCGAGGCCGGUGUGGAAGAAUACCGCAAGGGACUGGAGAAGGGUCAGGUACCCUCCAAGGACGUCUUGAAGACGGUCUUCCCUGUGGACUUCAUCUAUGAAGGCCAGCGGUACAAGUUCACCGCCACCCGUGCCGGUCUCGACAGCUACCACCUCUUCAUCAACGGCUCCAAGUGCUCCGUGGGUGUGCGUGCCCUGGCCGAUGGUGGUCUGCUCGUUCUCCUGAACGGCCGCAGUCACAACGUCUACUGGAAGGAGGAGCCUGCCGCCACUCGUCUCAGUGUGGAUGGUAAGACCUGCCUGCUCGAGCAGGAGAACGACCCCACUCAGCUGCGUACGCCCUCUCCUGGUAAGCUCGUGAAGUUCACUGUGGAGAACGGUGAGCACGUCAAGGCGGGCCAGCCCUUCGCUGAGGUCGAGGUGAUGAAGAUGUACAUGCCCCUGAUCGCCCAGGAAGACGGUAUCGUCCAGCUCAUUAAGCAGCCUGGCGCUACCCUGGAGGCCGGUGACAUUCUCGGUAUCCUUGCUCUCGAUGAUCCGUCUCGCGUGAAACACGCUCAGCCGUUCACCGGUCAGCUUCCGGAGCUCGGCCCCCCUCAGGUUGUCGGUAACAAGCCUCCCCAGAGAUUCUUCCUCCUGCACAGCAUCCUGGAGAACAUCUUGAAGGGAUACGACAACCAGGUCAUCAUGAAUGCCACCCUGAAGGAGCUGGUCGAUGUCCUCCGUGACCCCGAUCUUCCUUACGGCGAGUGGAACGCUCAGUCUUCCGCUCUGCACUCUCGUAUGCCCCAGAAGCUCGACAGCCAGCUCCAGAACGUCGUCGACCGUGCCCGGGCUCGCAAGACUGAGUUCCCUGCCAAGCAGCUGCAGAAGACCGUUCAGCGUUUCAUCGAAGAGAAUGUCAGCCCUGCCGAUGCCGAAAUCCUCAAGACCACCCUUCUUCCUCUGACUGAGGUCAUCAACAAGUACAUUGAUGGCUUGAAGGUCCACGAGUUCAAUGUCUUCAUUGGUCUCCUGGAACAGUACUAUGAGGUCGAGAAGCUCUUCGGUGGCCGCGACGAAGAUGCCAUCUUGAAGCUCCGUGAGGAGAACAAGGAUGACAUUGGCAGCGUUGUUCAGACCGUCCUGUCCCACAGCCGCAUUGGCGCGAAGAACAACCUCAUUCUCGCCAUCUUGGCCAUGUACCGCCCCAACCAGCCUGCUGUUGGCAAUGUCGCCAAGUACUUCAAGCCCAUCCUGAAGAAGCUGACCGAGUUCGAGUCUCGCGCUGCCGCCAAGGUCACUCUCAAGGCCCGUGAGCUUCUCAUCCAGUGCGCUCUCCCAUCCCUGGAGGAGCGUCUGUCUCAGAUGGAACUCAUCCUGCGUUCGUCGGUCGUCGAGUCUCGCUACGGUGAGACCGGCUGGGACCACCGUGAGCCUGAUAUCUCGGUGCUGAAGGAGGUGGUGGACUCCAAGUACACUGUCUUCGAUGUGCUGCCGCGUUUCUUCGUUCACCAGGAUGUCUGGGUCACGCUCGCUGCUCUCGAGGUCUACGUGCGCCGCGCCUACCGUGCCUACACUCUGAAGGGCAUCCAGUACACCCAGGCUGGAGAGACCCCUCUCCUUUCUUGGGACUUCACCCUUGACAAGCUCGGACAGCCUGAGUUUGGCCCCAUCACCACCACUGACCCGUCGACCCCCAGCACCCCUACCGCUGAGGCGAACCCCUUCAAGCGGAUCAACUCCAUCAGUGACAUGUCCUACUUUGUUGGUGACGGCAGCGAGCAGAUGAGAAAGGGUGUUAUCAUGCCUGUUCAGUACCUGGAGGACGCUGAGGAGUACCUGCCCAGAGCUUUGGAGGCGUUCCCUCGGGCCGGUUCCAAGAAGAGACCCAGCGACAACGGCCUCCUUGCUAACUUGGAGGGCAAGCGUCGCCCUGCUCCUCGGGUUGAGAACGAGAGCGAGCUAACUGGUGUUCUCAACAUCGCCAUCCGCGAUGUCGAGGACCUCGAUGACAACCAGAUUGUCACUCAGAUCAACGGCAUGCUUGCUGACCUCAAGGAAGAGCUGCUCGCUCGUCGCAUCCGCCGGGUCACCUUCAUCUGUGGCAAGAACGGUAUCUACCCCGGAUACUUCACCUUCAGGGGCCCCAACUACGAUGAGGAUGAGAGUAUCCGUCACAACGAGCCUGCCCUUGCCUUCCAGCUGGAACUCGGCCGUCUGUCCAAGUUCAAGAUCAAGCCCGUUUUCACGGAGAACCGCAACAUUCACGUCUACGAGGCCAUUGGAAAGGGUCCCGAGAACGACAAGGCUGUGGACAAGCGUUACUUCGUCCGUGCGGUCGUGCGUCCGGGUCGCCUCCGUGAUGAUAUCCCCACUGCGGAGUACCUGAUUUCGGAGGCGGAUCGUCUUAUGAACGACAUUCUGGACGCUCUGGAGAUUAUCGGCAACAACAACUCCGAUCUGAACCACAUCUUCAUCAACUUCUCGCCCGUGUUCAAUCUGCAGCCGAAGGAUGUCGAGGAGGCCCUGAACGGUUUCCUCGAGCGUUUCGGUCGCCGCCUCUGGAGACUGCGUGUCACUGGUGCCGAAAUCCGUAUCUUGUGCACCGACCCCGUCACCGGCCUUCCUUACCCUCUGCGUGUGAUCAUCACCAACACCUACGGAUUCAUCAUCCAGGUUGAGCUCUACAUCGAGAAGAAGACGGAGAAGGGCGAAUGGAUCUUCCACAGCAUCGACGGUGGCAGCAACAAGCUUGGCUCCAUGCACUUGCGCCCGGUCUCCACGCCUUACCCUACCAAGGAAUGGCUGCAGCCCAAGCGCUACAAGGCCCACCUGAUGGGUACUCAGUACGUGUAUGAUUUCCCUGAGCUCUUCAGACAGGCCUUCCAGAACAGCUGGACCAAGGCGAUUGCCAAGAUCCCCUCCCUGGGUGAGCAGCGCCCUCCUGUUGGCGAAUGCAUCGACUACAGCGAGCUUGUGCUGGACGAUACCGACAACUUGGUCGAGAUCUCUCGUGGCCCCGGUACCAACACUCACGGUAUGGUGGGUUGGAUCGUCACCGCCCGCACCCCUGAGUACCCCCGUGGCAGACGGUUCAUCAUUGUUGCCAACGACAUCACCUUCCAGAUCGGUUCUUUCGGUCCUCAGGAAGACAAGUUCUUCCACAAGUGUACCGAGCUGGCCAGGAAGCUGGGCAUUCCUCGCAUCUACCUUUCUGCCAACUCUGGUGCUCGUAUCGGUAUGGCCGAUGAGCUGAUUCCUUACUUCUCGGUUGCCUGGAACGAUGCCGAGAAGCCCGAGGCCGGCUUCAAGUACCUGUACUUCACUCCCGAGGUCAAGCAGAAGCUGGAUGCCAGCAAGAAGAAGGAGGUCAUCACCGAGCUGAUCCAUGAAGAGGGUGAAGAACGCCACAAGAUCACCACCGUUAUUGGUGCCAAGGACGGCUUGGGUGUCGAGUGUCUGAAGGGCUCCGGUCUUAUUGCCGGUGCUACCUCCAAGGCUUACGAAGACAUCUUCACCAUCACCCUGGUGACUUGCCGUUCCGUCGGUAUCGGUGCCUACCUUGUCCGUCUCGGACAGAGAGCCAUCCAGGUCGAGGGCCAGCCCAUCAUUCUCACUGGUGCUCCGGCUAUCAACAAGCUGCUGGGCCGCGAGGUCUACACCUCCAACCUGCAGCUUGGUGGCACCCAGAUCAUGUACAGAAACGGUGUGUCCCACAUGACUGCUACCGAUGACUUCGAAGGUGUGCAGAAGAUUGUGGAAUGGAUGUCCUUUGUUCCCGACAGGAAGGGAUCCCCGAUCCCCAUCCGCCCCUGGUCCGACACUUGGGACCGCGAUGUGGCCUACUACCCGCCCAACAAGCAGCCCUACGAUCCCCGCUGGCUCAUUGCCGGUAAGGAAGACGAAGAUGGCUUCCUGCCUGGUCUGUUCGACACGGGCUCUUUCGAGGAGGCUCUCGGUGGAUGGGCUCGUACCGUGGUUGUCGGUCGUGCCAGACUUGGCGGUAUCCCCAUUGGUGUGAUUGCUGUUGAGACCCGCUCGGUCGAGAAUGUCACCCCUGCCGACCCUGCUAACCCCGACUCCAUGGAGAUGGUCAGCACCGAGGCUGGUGGUGUGUGGUACCCCAACUCCGCCUUCAAGACCGCCCAGGCCCUCCGUGAUUUCAACAACGGUGAGCAGCUUCCUGUGAUGAUCCUGGCCAACUGGAGAGGUUUCUCUGGUGGACAGCGUGACAUGUACAACGAGGUCCUCAAGUACGGUUCCUACAUCGUCGAUGCUCUCGUCAAGUACGAGCAGCCCAUCUUCAUCUACAUCCCGCCUUACGGUGAACUCCGUGGUGGAUCCUGGGUCGUCGUCGAUCCCACGAUCAACCCCGACCAGAUGGAGAUGUACGCCGAUGAGGAGUCCCGCGGUGGUGUCCUCGAGCCCGAGGGUAUCGUCAACAUCAAGUACCGCCGUGACAAGCAGCUCGACACCAUGGCUCGUCUGGAUGCCACUUACGGCGAGCUCCGCCGCUCCCUUGAGGACACAUCCCUCUCCAAGGACCAGCUGUCUGAGAUCAAGGCCAAGAUGGCUGCCCGCGAGGAGCAGCUUCUGCCCGUCUACCUGCAGAUCGCCCUUCAGUUUGCUGAUCUCCACGACCGCGCUGGCCGCAUGGAGGCCAAGAACACCAUCCGCCAGCCUCUCACCUGGAAGAACGCCCGCCGCUUCUUCUACUGGCGUCUCCGCCGUCGUCUCAGCGAGGAGCUCAUUGUCAAGCGCAUGGUUACUGCGGCUCCUAACCCUGCUGCUCGCGACGGCACGGUUGCUCUCCCUGCUGCUUCCAGCGCCCCGACCGCCACCGAGUCCCCUCGCGCUGUGCACCUCCGCACUCUGCACGGUUGGACCGGAUUCCUCGACGAGGAACUGGAGCACGACGACCGCCGCGUCGCCACCUGGUACGAGGAGAACAAGAAGGCCAUCCAGGCCAAGGUGGACUCCCUCAAGGUCGAGAGCGUGGCCACCGAAGUCGCCCAGAUGCUUGUCAACAACCGCGACGGUGCCCUGAAGGGUGUGCAGCAGGUUCUCAGCGUCCUCCCCGUGGAAGAGAAGGAGGCUGUUCUCAAGUUCCUGUCUUCCAACUAG